AAAGAGAGUCCAAAUAAGACAAUAUCUGCUAGCCCCACUGGGCCGUUACGUGUUCUACAUUGACCAAUUGAGGGGAUGUCACAUUAGAUGAGCAGAGACAGGCAGGUCCAACCGCACACGCCCCGCGGCCCGUCUAUAUCACAUUUGCCAUCCUUUUUCCUGACUCCACCUGCUCCCCUGCUUUUUGUUUUCCCUAUAUAUAUUCACUCAUUUCUUAUGCCUCUUCCUUUAAGCUUCUCUCUAAAACCUGAAACUGAAAUGGAGCUCCAACUUGGCCUCUCCCUUCCCCUUCAUAGUUAUGCUUUUGAACAUCCACGCAUUGGGAAUGAGCUGCCCCGAACUUUGCCUUUGCUGUCUUGGAAUGAUAAGCCAAAGGAUGAUGACGAUUCUCCCCACACCGGAGGAACACACUUUUCCACCAUUCAAAAAGAUGAUGAAGAGAAGAACCCAUCAGUGGGGUGGCCACCGAUUGAGACAUGGAGGAAGAAGGCGCUUCUCCAGCACCCUCAACCGCCGCAGACGGUGGAGAAUCGCAGUAACCAAAAUGGCGGACCAAAUUCAUUGUUCGUGAAAGUGAAGAUGGAGGGGGUAGCAAUAGCAAGGAAACUCGAUCUAAGGCUCUACCACUCUCAUAACUCCCUCAAAACUGCCCUCAUCGCCAUGUUCACCACAUCUAAUUAUGAGGCAAUUGAUAGCAAGUGUUGGGAUUUUACUCUGAUCUAUGAAGACGAAGAUGGGGACUGGCUUCUUGCAGAGGAUCUUCCAUGGAACUCCUUCGUCGAGUCUGUACGGCGGCUCAAGGUUCUGGUUCGAAAAAGAAACAAAGAAUAAAGUUUGCAUAUACGACACAAAUUAUUUCCGAAUCAUAUUCCACAUUUAAUCAUAUAUAAUAUAUAUUAAUAGCAUCAAUUGUUUAGAAAUAUUGUCGUUACUACAAAAGUGUGGAGCUAUGUGGUCGAAAUUAUUCUAUGAAAAGUUAUUUGGGAUUUGAGAACCAUUAUUUU